CCCUCCGGUUAAAUUAAUUUGGUCAGUUGCGUUUGUCCGUGCGGUCGUGUUCGCCACUCUGAAAUAUGAAGAACUUAUCGUCCAUUGUGUUUGUAUUGGCCGCGGUAUCUAUAGCUCUGGCGUUGGCAGAUACUAAUGUUACACCCGCCGAGCAAUGCGAAGGUAAGAUUUUUUCAGAACAUGAGGUGAAAACGCUCGUGAACGAGGUUUACGCGAAUAUUGGGAACAUACCCCUGCCGUUCCUCGGGGUGACUGGCGUGAGCGCGUGCCCGCAAGUGACGCGGGUCGACGGCACCCCCGCGCCCUGCCCCCUCGCCGCCGGGGAAGAAUACGUCUACACCAAUGUCUUUCCCAUUGAGGCCUUUUAUCCCACAGUUAAGUUACGCGUGCACUGGGCGCUAAAAGAUGACCAACACAACGUCAUCUGCUUCGAAGUACCCGCUGUCAUUACAGCCGCCAGACCUAAAUAAAUUUUAAUCCUGGAACAAACUAUUUUAAUCGAUAUUUUAACGUAUAUAACACUAUUGUCAUAGAAUUAAAAAGGUGUAAUUGUAAAAAA